AUGGCCACCUCGCUAAAAUCUACAACAAAGCAGGUUCGGCGCCUUUCUGAUCCGGGGUAUCCGUACUGGAAUGUCGAUAUGCCAUUGACCGGCAGCUGGCACCCGAGCCAAGCCUAUUAUGACAAGACGCCCGAGCCUGUGUGCCACAUUGGGCUAAACGAGAGAAAUGGUUUGAAGUUUGCAUCCGUGAGUCUACGGACCUAA